AUGUGGGUCACGUUUACUCUCAAUGGCAAGAAACUAGUAAUUGGGACGGCAUACCGACCACCUUGGAUGGACCUACAAUUGUUUCUAGAUGCUGUAAGUGACUCGAUAAGUUCAAUUCGCAGCUACGAUAAUAUAGUUAUACUGGGUGACUUUAAUGUAAAUCUACUGAACAUUCCUAACACAAAGGUCACUCAAUUCAAUAAUUUUGUGCUUAGUUUUGGAUUAUUUCAGCUAGUUUCAGAUCCUACUCAUUUUACCGACACCAGCCAGACACUGAUUGAUGUUGUUUGUUCAGACAUGCAGGCUACUAACACCACUAUUGAUCAUGUAGGUUCCCUGUAUGGCCACUGCCUUGUUGUUUGCAAUUUCUGUGUAAAGCGUGAAAAAUCUAAGCCCUGUCACAUCACCUACAGGCCUCUUAAAGAAAUCUGUGACAAAGUUUUGGAUGCGGACAUGCGGGAAGUGGAUUGGGACUCUAUAUCAAAUAAAGGUAAUAUCAAUGACAUUGUGACCGCAUUCAAUCAACGAGUACUCAAUAUAUUUGAUACACAUGCUCCUAUAAAGACAUCCUUAGUUAAAAUAAAAUCAUAUCCGUGGAUCACUGAUACUGUUAAGUUAAUGAUGCGGCUGCGUGAUAAUGCUGCAUCAGACUUCCACAGGAACCAAAGUGAAGUAAAAAAAAAAUAUUAUAAGGACCUUAAAACAGUUGUAAACAAGGCAAUUUAUUUUGAGAAGGUAGCUUAUUUUGAACAAAAUAUAAACAACAAAAUUAAUGACCCAAAAAUAUUGUGGAAAAACCUGAAGUCUAAUAUAUUGCCAAGUAAGACUAAUGAAUUGCCAACACAUUUCAAUAAUCCAUGUACCAUAAACAAACACUUUCUAGAUCUACCAGGGACAUCAGGUGUAACUCUAUCACAGCUAACUUAUUUUGAGUUCCAUAGGUUUGGUGAUUCUGUUUUUAGUCUGAACACAAUUAACUCUAAUGAAACAAUGAAAAUAAUUAGAGGUUUAAAAUCUAAUGCAGAGGGUGCUGAUGGGAUAAAUUUAAAUAUGAUUAUUUUAACACUGCCUUAUACAAUUAAUAUUAUUACUUAUUUAAUUAAUUUAUCUAUAGUUUCAUCGACUUUCCCCGAUAUAUGGAAGUUAGCAAUUGUUAAUCCCCUGCCUAAAGUUUCUAACCCAUCUGUAAUAAAAGACCUCAGGCCAAUUAGCAUACUACCUUGUCUAUCGAAAAUAAUAGAGAAAGCUGUCUGUGCACAGUUAACCACCUACCUCGAAAUGAACAACAUUUUGCCUGAUGUCCAAUCUGGUUUUCGGAAAGGUCGUAGCACGACCACUGCUUUACUCGAUGUUACUGACAACAUUUUGGAUGCGCAAGAUAAGGGCAUGUGCACUGUUUUGGUACUUCUUGAUUUCUCUAGGGCCUUCGAUUGUUUAAAUAUAAACCUACUUUUAUCUAAGUUAACCUAUUAUGGCUUUGACCAGAAAACUAUUAGGUGGUUCGAAAGUUACCUAAGCAAUCGAUCACAGAUAGUUAAGGUACGACUUAGUAAUGGUUCGUCACUUGUUUCUGAAAAGGUCGAGCUUACCAGAGGUGUCCCGCAAGGAUCGGUGAUAGGCCCGCUCCUUUUUAUACUUUACUCUGCAGAUAUUAGAUCUCACAUUUUGCACUGUAAAUAUCACAUCUACGCAGAUGACAUACAGGUCUACAUAUCAUGUAAACCAGCGGAAAUUAACACUGCCAUAGAGAAACUCAAUCAAGAUCUCACAAGAAUAGCCACUUGGGCAUCAGCUAAUUGUCUGCUGCUAAACCCAAGUAAGACUAAGUACCUUGUUUUUGGCAGCAAGCAGCGGCUGGCCAGUGUCGGUACUACAGUGGAUGUUAUGCUGAUGAAUGAACCAGUUGAGAGGGUAUGUGAAGCACGAAACUUAGGUCUUUUGAUGGAUUGCGAACUUCGUUUUGAGAAGCAUACCGCAGAAGCUGUAAGAAGUUGCUUCUACAAGCUUAAGGUGCUAUAUAAAAUUCGGCCGUAUCUUAGCGAAACUCUGCGCAUCCGACUGAUCGAGUCACUUGUCCUAUCCAAACUUAACUAUAUGGAUGUAGUAACUGGGCCUAGGCUUCUUGCUAAAACUAAGAAACUCAUACAGCGUGUUCAGAAUGCCUGUGCUCGUUUUUGUUUCAAUAUUCCAUUGAGAGCCCACGUGACUCCCUUCCUUAAUCAGCAUAAAAUUCUUAAAAUGUUGCAUCGUCGUAAGCUUCAUUUGGCUUGUCUACUCUUCGGAGUCUUGAAGUACAAAUCGCCUGCAUAUCUUUAUAAUAAGCUAUCUUGUAUUAAGCUUCGCGACCGCCGUCAAUGUGGGAUCCAUUUGCUGACGCCACGCCACGCGUCGGCAGCUUUCCGAGGAAGUUAUAAAUAUCAAAGUUCAAAAUGCUGGAAUAACAUCCCUCCGCCCUUGAAGAACACCUGGGUCACGUUCCCUUGCAGAUUGCACAUAAAAAUAUUAUCCUUGCCUUUUUAUGAGCCAUCGUAGUCAAAUAUGUAGUUUGGUAUGUAAUCUGAUAUAAAUAUCGAUGUUCAUUUCAUCA